AUGACUGUCCUCAAGGAACCCAUCAACGUCCGACCAGCCAGCCAACAACGACACUCGUCUAGCACCAUGGCCGGCUCACUCCCCAAGAACCGCCCACACUCGCACUCGAUAUCCGCCGGCAACCUGAACCCAGCGCAUCGCGUAACACGUAGGAAGAGCAUGAGCCAGACACCCGUCACCAAUGUUGCGGCCAUUGCGGCUGCAGCCAAGGGCAUGUCGGGGGCGCCCCUGGAUAGUAGUAGUAACGGAUCGCGCCGCCCAUCCAAGCCGACAUCGCAGUUCAGGGGACCCAACAUGGCACUCAACUCAACAAUGGCAUCGAGUAUGCCUGGCAAUGGCUCGCACUUCGGUCCCAGCAGUUAUGGCGCGGCGGCGGCCAAGAGCGAGGCUCUGACAGACGGCCCGACACUCGCAACGAUGCUGGAACAGGACAAGGCCAACUCCAAGUCGCGGAACCGUCGCGCGAGCGAGGGCUCUCGUCUGUCCAAGGGCGACGGCAAGCGAAGUGGUAGCGAUCUGAGAUGUGAAAAAUGUGGGAAAGGCUACAAGCACAGCAGCUGUCUGACCAAGCACCUUUGGGAGCACACGCCUGAAUGGCAAUACACAUCUAAGCUGCUCAUCUCCAAGCACCAGCAGGUGCAGCUCCUCGAAGCUGCCUCUGUCCUCGUCGCCAUGAACAAGGAGAGCGACGGCGAAAACAGCGACCGCUCGUCUCCUCCGGCCUCGGGCUCGUCCGACCUGCGUGAGGAGUUGAGCUCCACUGAAACUACCCCGCCCCCACAACUCGACGACCAUGCCGUAGGCUCUUACCCUCACUCGCAUUUUGGCACCCGCUCCAUCAAGCGUUACUCCGCCAACAGCUCUGCCUACAGCCAAUCCUACCAGUCGACCGUCUUUUCCGACAACGGGAAUGGCCACUUCCGCCAGUGGAGCAACGUGUCUGACCGCCCCACCACGUCAGGUACCUCGGUUGCCGGCUCAUAUCACGAUGAUGGCAAUGACCAUGCCGACCUUGCUGCCGCAGUUGGUUUGUUGAGCUGCUCCUACGGCACUCCCAAGACGGGACCAACUGCGCUCCCGCCGGACGUGCCGCCCGUGCCACCCCUACCAGCAAAGUAUUUUGACUUGAACGCCCGUACCUUGUCCGGUAGCACCACCGUCCAAGCGCAGCAGUCGAGCAUACGCAACAGCUACCGCCAUAACAGCGAGAGCAAGGACGUCGACAUGGACGACGACCACUUCGCCGAUGAGGAGGACUACCGCUACUCCAACUCGCGCAGCCGCGGCCGCAUCGAUGAGGACGACGACGAGAUUUUCGGAAGGAUGGAGGAAUAG